ACGACUACCUGAAAUCAGCAUUUAUUAAAUUGGAUUCUAAUUUGAAGUUAAUCUCAGAAUUUCUGAAAAGAAAACAAAUCUGUACAGACAAUAAUAAUAUGACUUAUCAUCCCGCAAUGGAACAUUACUCAGAUUCAGAAGACAACGUGGAUAUUGAUGGCACCAGUGAUGAUGAAUAUAGCGAUUCAGAGAAAAUGUUUCCGAAUAAAUCAAACUCACCGGGAUGUUCCGAAUGUGGUGUAACAAACUCAAAAUCAGCCAAAUUAACAGUGAAACCUUCAUUUCUCAUUACUGACAUUUUAUCGGACAGAAAAUCCCAGAAUAAAGACACUUCAUGUAGUGAUAAAACACAUUUAAAAGAAUCCUGUGAUACAGACUCAGAAGAUUUCAUCCCUCAUAGACAUGAUAGAUUUUCAGAGCACUGUCAUUACAGUAAUAAAUCAAAGAAACCGAGGAAAGCCAGGACUGCAUUUACAGACCAUCAAUUAAAUAGUCUGGAAAAACAUUUCGAAAGACAGAAGUAUUUAAGUGUUCAAGAUCGAAUGGAAUUAGCAGCUAAACUCGCCCUGACAGACACACAAGUCAAAACAUGGUACCAAAAUAGAAGAACAAAAUGGAAAAGGCAAACAGCUGUCGGUUUAGAACUGUUAGCUGAGGCAGGAAAUUAUGCAAACGUACAACGAAUGAUGAUGAAUCCGUAUUGGCCACCUUAUUCAGCAGAACCACACCAUGGACUCUAUCCUAGUGUUAACAGUCUCUAUCUACGACAAUCUACACCACUGUCUCCACGUGCAGUGAUGCCACACAUGUUUUUGUAGUUCACUGAUCACGUGAUUUCUAAAAACAGUAUUAUGAUCCUAUAAGGCAGACUAAGAACUAAAGAUAUUUUCAAUAUUUUUAUGGGUUUUGUGCAAUUUUAUUAUAAGCAUUUAUAUGUAGAACAUUUACAGAAGAAGGGUUACUUUUUUUAACAUACAAAACAUAUAGUUUGUUUCUAUUAGGCUCUAACUAAUUAUGGUGUUUCUUAAAAUACAAGUCCCUGGUAAUUGUAUAUAUUGUUACAUGAUAUUUUUCUAUAGAUACAUUUUAUAUAUAAUAUAAAAAAUGAAAAUAAAAAUGUGUUUUAU